AUGAGUUCCUUCUUUGGGAAACGUAAGAGCCAGCAUGCUGCGACGCCGGCGCUGGGCACAACGCCCGCAAAGAAUCCCAAUGCGCCAGUACCUACCCCUCUAGAGCGUAUGCUCAUGAACGCUGGGCCUAUUCGAAAUGAUGGAAGUGACAAGUUCUUUGGAAUGGAAAAUUUUGGAAAUACUUGCUAUUGUAAUUCCAUUUUACAAUGUUUAUAUUAUUCUGUUCCCUUUCGAGACAAUGUCCUCUCGUAUCCCCGCCGCUCCAAUCCAGAGUCCGUCGCUCAAGCUCAGGCAAACGCUCCUGCGCGAGUCCCGCCGACCUCCCAAGCAAAUGGAAAUGCCAAAAAGCCCCAGGGGCCCAGCUCUGCGCGCAAUGCAGGAACACCGCCCAAUCAGCAACAGAAACCAGAGGACAAAGACUCACCAGAGUAUAAGAAGAAACAGGCCUUGAUUACCGGGCCUAUACUGAACAUGAGCUAUGAGAAUUCGGCCGACUACGAGAUGCCCGAGGAUCUUUUCACCUCCCUCAAAGAUCUUUUCGAAGCGGUUGUCGUGAAUCAGUCAAGAAGUGGUGUCAUCAGUCCUAGCAGAUUCCUGGAAACUUUACGAAAAGGGAAUGAAAUGUUUCGAUCUGCCAUGCAUCAAGAUGCCCACGAAUUUCUCAAUCUUCUCCUCAAUACUGUGCUCGAGAGUGUCGAGACCCAGGACAGGAAGCUCAUAGCUCAGCAGAAGGCUGAUGCGGCUUCGUCAGAGUCUGAAGAUACCGACAUUGCCAAAGUCGAAUCCGGAACAGUUUCUUUUCCGUCAGUUCUACCAGUGCCCACAGCUUCACCCAACAAGUGGCUAUCCGAUUUGUUCGAGGGUACUCUCACAUCAGAAACCAGAUGUCUGACAUGUGAGAAUGUGUCCCAACGUGAUGAACCAUUUCUCGAUCUGUCGGUUGAUUUGGAACAGCACUCGUCUGUCACUGCCUGCUUGCGCAGGUUUUCAGAAGAAGAGAUGUUGUGUGAACGCAACAAAUUCCAUUGUGACAACUGCGGCGGUCUUCAAGAAGCAGAGAAAAGGAUGAAGAUCAAGCGCCUUCCUAAGAUCUUGGCUCUCCACCUCAAGAGAUUCAAAUAUACCGAGGAUUUGCAACGCCUUCAAAAGUUGUUCCACAAGGUUGUCUAUCCCUAUCACCUUAGGUUGUUCAAUACCACCGAUGACGCAGAAGAUCCCGAUCGCUUAUACGAGCUCUAUGCCAUUGUUGUGCAUAUCGGUGGCGGACCUUACCACGGUCAUUAUGUUGCAGUCAUCAAAACCCAGGACCGGGGAUGGCUCUUGUUCGACGACGAAAUGGUAGAACCCGUGGACAGAAGUUUCGUCCUGAACUUUUUCGGCGAUCAAGCUGGCCUCGCCUGUGCAUACGUCCUGUUCUACCAGGAGACUACCAUCGAAGCAAUUCGACAGGAACAAAGGAACGAGGGCAAAGCGCGAAUGUCUCAGGAUGUCACUAAUGGCUUGGGUGUCAUGCCCAAGCACUCGAAUGAAAUGAACCGUGUUCCAACGAUAAGUCCAAUUACGUCCUUGACAAUGCCCGGCGAGGCUGCUCAAUAUGCAGCUCUCGAUCAUGCAGCCACUGCUCCUCAGCUGAAGACCAAUGGCCAUGUUGAAACGCCGUCAUCGCCACACCUUGCGGCAAUCAGACCCACUAGCCCUAUCGUCCAGAGCAAGAAAGAAAAGGCCAAAGAAGAAAAGGUCAGAAAGGAAGAAGAGAAGGCCAGGAAAGCAGCAGAAAAGCAAUUCGAGAAGCAGGCGGAGAAGGAAAGAGUCGAAAAUGAAAAACAACGACGGAAGGAUUUGGCCAACAAACUUCAGGACGCUCACAAAAGGCAAGAGGCUGAGCUUCGGGCAGCUCUCGAGGCGAGCAAAGCUUCCAAGGCCGAUGAAGAUCGCCGCAAUGCAUUAGAACGAGCCGAGACCUACUCUCCUACCAGUUCAAGUCCUUCUGGUCUCGACCGGUUCAAGCGAUCCAAGAGUCUUCGAUUCGGAUCCUUGACGAAGAAAGACAAACCACGGUCUAAUCCUUCGGAUGAGAACGUCUCCGAGCCACCUAGCGACUCAGUCCCCUCAAUAAACCCCAACGAAAGCGAAACACAAAAGGAGAAAGAGAAAAAGAACCGAUUCAGUAUCAGAAAGAAAUCAUUUGGCAAAUUGACAUGA